UCCUCCCUCCUUCUCCCGCCGGGUCGGGGACCCAAAGGGGCCGCUUUUUCUCCCGGGUUUAGGCCGCGAAAGGGGGUCCCUCCCCUCCCCUCCUGAGGCCGAGCGCCUCGAGCUAAAGGGAGGGAGAGGAGGGCCAGGAAGCAGAAAAAGGAAUUUUGUUUAUGUGUGAAGACCCUUUAUUCUGCCAAAAAUGAAGACGGUUCUCAUGGUGGCCGAGAAGCCAUCUUUGGCUCAGUCGAUAGCCAAAAUUCUUUCAAGAGGAAACAUGUCAUCUCGCAAAGGACUAAACGGAGCAUGCUCAGUUCAUGAAUACACUGGAUCAUUCAUAGGACAAAGUGCCCACUUCAAGAUGACAUCUGUGUGUGGCCAUGUGAUGACAUUGGAUUUUAUAGGAAAAUACAACAACUGGGAUAAAGUGGACCCAGCUGAACUUUUUAGCAAAGCUCCUACCGAAAAGAAAGAAGCGAACCCCAAACUGAAUAUGGUGAAAUUCUUACAGGUAGAGGGAAGAGGCUGUGAUUAUGUUGUUCUGUGGUUGGAUUGUGAUAAGGAAGGGGAAAACAUCUGCUUUGAGGUCCUGGAUGCUAUCGUCCCCAUAAUGAAUAAGCCCCGUGGCAGUGAAAGGGUGGUGUACAGAGCCAAAUUCAGCUCUAUUACUGACACAGAUAUUUGCAAUGCCAUGAAUCACUUAGGAGAGCCCAACCACAAUGAAGCCCUAUCGGUGGAUGCCCGUCAGGAGCUGGAUCUGAGAAUUGGAUGUGCGUUUACAAGGUUUCAAACCAAAUACUUCCAGGGGAAGUAUGGCAAUCUCGACAGCUCGCUGAUCUCCUUUGGGCCCUGUCAAACGCCAACCCUGGGAUUUUGUGUGGAGCGGCAUGAUAAAAUCCAGUCUUUCAAGCCUGAAACGUAUUGGGUGUUGCAAGCCAAGGUUAGUCAUGAAAAAGACAGCUGUCUGACUCUGGACUGGGACCGGGUUAGAAUCUUUGACCGGGAGAUUGCUCAACUGUUCCUAAACAUAACAAAGGCAGUAAAGGAUGCAAAGGUUGAAUCUGUGAGCAAAAAGGAGAAGGCCAAGCAAAGGCCUCUGGCUUUGAAUACGGUUGAGAUGUUAAGAGUUGCCAGCGCUGCUUUGGGAAUGGGACCCCAACAUGCUAUGCAAAUAGCCGAACGGCUUUACACUCAAGGCUAUAUUAGUUAUCCUCGAACGGAAACAACUCAUUACCCAGAAAACUUUGACUUGAAGGGCUCUUUGCGGCAGCAGGCUAAUAAUCCUUACUGGGCCGAAACUGUAAAAGCGUUACUGGCUGAAGGUAUUAACAAGCCAAGAAAAGGCCAUGAUGCUGGGGACCACCCUCCAAUUACACCAAUGAGAGCUGCCUCAGAAGCAGAACUAGGUGGUGACGGAUGGAGACUAUUUGAAUAUAUCACAAGGCAUUUCAUUGCUACCGUCAGUGCGGACUGCAAAUACCUCCAGACAACUAUUACUUGCAGUGUUGGAACAGAGCAUUUCACUUGCAUAGGAAAGACAGUUAUUUUGCCAGGUUUUACUGAGAUUAUGCCGUGGCAGAGCAUCCCCCCAGAAGAAAGCCUUCCUAGCUGUGAGCGCGGCGAUGUCUUCCCUGUCAGCGAAGUUAAACUCCUGGAGAAACAAACCAACCCUCCUGAUUACUUGACUGAAGCUGAACUCAUCACCCUGAUGGAAAAACAUGGCAUUGGAACGGACGCCAGCAUUCCAGUCCAUAUAAACAACAUCUGCCAGCGCAACUAUGUCACAGUGGAGAACGGCCGCAGGCUGAAGCCGACAAACCUGGGCAUUGUUUUGGUCCACGGCUAUUAUAAAAUAGAUGCUGAACUUGUACUUCCUACAAUCCGCAGUGCAGUCGAGAAACAGCUGAAUCUGAUUGCUCAGGGAAAAGCCAAUUAUCAUCAGGUUCUGGAGCACACCUUGGAUAUCUUCAAAAGAAAGUUCCACUACUUUGUUGACUCAAUUGCUGGCAUGGAUGAAUUGAUGGAAGUGUCUUUCUCGCCACUUGCUGCCACUGGCAAACCUCUCUCCCGAUGUGGGAAAUGCCAUCGCUUCAUGAAAUACAUCCAGGCCAAGCCAAGCCGUCUGCAUUGUUCCCACUGUGAUGAGACCUACAGCCUUCCUCAGAAUGGGACCAUCAAGCUCUACAAGGAGUUGCGGUGCCCUCUGGAUGAUUUUGAGCUGGUGCUUUGGUCUUCGGGAUCGAGAGGGAAGAGUUACCCACUGUGCCCUUACUGCUAUAACCAUCCCCCUUUCAGGGACAUGAAGAAAGGAAUGGGUUGCAAUGAGUGCACCCACCCCACGUGCCAGCACUCGCUCAACAUGCUGGGCAUCGGGCAGUGCGUGGAGUGUGAGAAUGGGGUGCUGGUGCUGGACCCCAUCUCGGGCCCCAAGUGGAAGAUGGCCUGCAACAAAUGCAAUGUGGUGGUGCACUUCUUUGAGAACGCCCACAAGGUCCGGGUGUCGGCUGAGACCUGCGAGGGGUGUGACGCGGCCCUGGUGGACGUGGAUUUCAACAAGGCCAAAUCGCCCCUCCCUGGCGGCGAGACCCAGCAUUCCGGCUGCGUCUUCUGCGACCCCGUUUUCCAGGACCUGGUGGAACUGAAGCAUGCCGCCAUGAAGCACCCUAUGCACCGCGGGGGACAGGGCAAGAGGCAGGGGCGGGGGCGGGGAAAAGGACGGCGGCCUGGAGGCAGGCCCAACCCCAGGAAACCUAAAGACAAAAUGGCUGCCCUGGCAGCGUACUUUGUGUAAGGACUCCCCCUCCCUGUAGACACUAUUAAAGAACUAUCAAAGAAUUAAAUUUCAUCUAACAUCUA